UCCUCUCUUUCCCCUCCUCUCAUGCUGGUUUCAAACUGUUUUCCCUUUCUCCUCCAAGAAUCUAGUUCUUUUCGGCUUUUCCCUUUAUAUCCAUUACCAUAUUUUCUUUUUGGAAAUCAAGAGUUUCCAGGAAAAUUUCUCCAUUUUUGUGGUUGCCUUGGGCUCCACUCCAGGACCUGAUAUCUAAAGGCGGGCGUUGAAAUUCUUUUUUAAUUAAUUUCAGCGCUAAGGAAGAUAAUAUCUACUUCGAUUAGUCGAAAAUUCCAACAUCUAGCCAUGGCUGUGCUAGCUCUGUAAUUUCUGCAGAAAGAUUAGGAUAAGUUUGUUGUCUGAAUUACCCAAAGCAUUACAGUUGAGGAAGAUGGCCGAUGAGGAGAGAAACUUGGUUGAAAUAUUAGAAGAGCAUAAUGUGAUUGACAUUGCCAAGUAUAUAAAUUAUGUCAGUGCCCCACAGGCAGGCGCUGUAGCAACUUUCUCAGGCACGACUCGGGACACGUUUGAUGGUAAAACAGUUCUGGAGUUGAGAUAUGAAGCUUAUGUUCCAAUGGCCAUCCGCUGCAUCAAUGACAUUUGUUCAUCUGCCCGAGCAUCCUGGAGCCUCAUCUCCAUUGCAGUUGCCCACCGCUUGGGACCAGUUUCAGUGGGGGAAACCAGUAUCUUCAUUGCAAUCUCUUCUGUUCACCGGGCUGAUGCAUUGGACGCUUGUAAGUUUGUGAUUGAUGAAAUUAAGGCAUCAGUUCCGAUAUGGAAGAAGGAGGUGUAUGCAAAUGGAGAGGUUUGGAAGGAAAACUCUGAGUUUUUGGAGAGGAGGUCAGAGCUUGGCAAUGCUGGGUUGCAGCAGGGAGGUACAUGCUGUUCAAGAAAGGUAAAGGUGGAGGCACAGGAGAGGAAGAGUUGCUGUGGGGCUAAGGAGAAGGUGGAAGGAGAACUCAAGUUUUUGGAGAGGAGGUCAGAACUUGGUAAUGCUGGGCUGCAGGAGGGAGGGACAUGCUGUUCAAGAAAAGUAAAGGUGGAGGCACUGGAGAGGAAGGGUUGCUGUGGGGCUAAGGUGAAGGUGGAUGUUGAAUGACCACUUUAUGCAUCCAUGGAGGAGAGCUUUAUGGGUAAGAAGAUCUAGUUCAAGUGCAUUUUUAUUCACUCCCUUCGGUUCACUGUUAACAAUCAAAUGCAUUUUAGGGUCUGGUGGAAAAGCUGUGCCUGUUUUGUUGCAUAUCAUCUAUUGUUCUUUCAAAUAAAAUUAACGAUAUUUAUAUAUUAUACUACUCUCUAAUAGGAGCCACAAGUUAAAUGGCAAA